CCUGAAAUAUCAGCUGUUUUCUAAAUUGGGACUCACAACACUGUUCAAUUUAACCAAUUGCAUCGUGUCAAAUGUUAACUGAAUACCAAUAAAGUUAGUGCUGUGUUGGUGGCAUGUUGUUCUCUUAAUCCAACAAUCACAUUCGGGAAUUCGGGUUUUUUAACCUCAGUCCUAAAGAAUGGAUUCCUAUCUACAAGUCGAUAGUGCGAAUAAUAUGUUAGGUUCACCUACAAGUGCUUGCAUUCCAGACGAUGUUUCAUCUAUAUGUCCCUUGAUAACACCAUCGCCACCAACUAACGCUUUGGUCAAUCCUUUACCAGAAUCCCAGGACACUGAGUAUAAUAUAAGCAAUGAAUUGGUCAGCAAGUUGCAAAAAGUUAAAACUGAAAAUAAAGAAGAUGACACAACUUCUUCAAAUUCAUCGAAUUUAGCAGAACCAGCUAGCGUACAAUUACUCAACCACAAAAACAAUUCGAGCAGUUUUCCCUUCAUCAUAAACGAUGAAGAAAAUUUGGCUCAGGAAUCCAAUGGCAAAUCUCAACCUUUACAACUCACCUUCAGAAAUCCCCCAGAUAACUACUUCUUCAUGUCUUGGAACUGGCCUCUCAUCAGGAAGAUCUCUCUAUGGACGUUUUUGGCUGGCCUUGCAGCUAUGGUAGCGCUAGUUGUGGCAAUGAUCUACUCCCUUCCCAAAGUUUGCAAUCCCCAAGUUGAAUGGUACCAAGGCAAAGUCUUUUACGAGAUAUUCCCAGGAAGUUUCUAUGACACCAAUAACGGCAUGACUGGAGACUUCAGAGGAAUAUCGAAAAAUGCCGAUUAUAUUGUAGCCCUUGGAGUCAGCGUAGUAAGGCUUAACUCAAUUUUCGAAACAUUGAGGUACCCGGAAGAUUAUAAGAACGUUACAAGCCUCAUAAACAUUGCUAAGCCCCUGGGAAAUAUAAACGAUUUUGAAAGUAUGGUGAAUCAUUUGAAAUCUAAGAAUUUGAGCAUCGUUCUUGAUUUGCCUGUAUAUCCCCUGCUCAAAGAGUUGUCAUUCGAUAAAAGAAAUAUCAUGAAAAAUCUUAGUUCAGACGAAUCAUCUAUGGAUUUCCUCAGAGCGUCCAAUCAAAGAGAUCCUAUAGAAGAAGCUCUUCUUCACUGGACUAGAUUAGGUGUACAGGGUUUUUACUUGAAAGGACUUGAAAAUUUAGCAGAAGAUCCAAAUCUUGCAUCUACCCUAAGAGGAUGGAAACGCCUUAUAGGUUUCAAUAGGAUAUUCAUAGUCAGUGAAUCCCUCUUAAAAAGAAUACCUUCAGAAGACGUAAGAGAGUCAGUGAUGAACAACGUCAAUUUGAUAGACAUCAAACUCAACAUUGAAAAAGGAGCUAACGAAAUUACUAGAAGAAUCUAUAACGUGGAAAACAGCACGUUAUUUACCAAAGCAGGAAACCCGUGGAUUCAUUGGAGUAUAGGAGACGAAGACACCAUGCGUUUAGCUAAUAGGCUACCACAUGGAAACUCGACUUUAGGUGCUCUUCUCCUCAAUUUGAUGCUACCAGGAUCUCCAUCUAUAUUUUACGGGGAUGAAAUUGGUCUACGACAGAUCCACGAUCCAAGUGGAGAUCGAGAUGAUUUGAAGCACUUACACCAGCUGACUCCCAUGGCUUGGCCAAAUCUGAAACAACGAUCAUUCUCAUGGCUACAUGGGGAGAAGACAAAGGUCGAUUUUGAGCAAGGUGGUCUCAUUUCGAAGAUGGCGUCUUUGAGGAGUGCAUCUCCGUCAAUUUACAUGAAUUCGGUGUACAAGAACGAGGUUAAUAAGGCCAAUGCCGAGGUGAAAUACAGUAAAGAAGAUUUGCUGGUUAUUCAAAGAUGGUACCCAAGGAGAAAAUCUUAUGUUAUUGUUAGUAACCUAGGAAAGAAUAAGAUAGAAGAAGAUUUGUCGACUUUGCUUUAUAGAGGCGAUGUGAUAGUAGGACCUAGACCAGAUUCAUUACCUGGAACUAUUUCAUUCAAGAAAAUUGUGCUGUGGCCUGGAGAAUCGGUUGUGAUAGAAUUAGAAUAAAAGAACUGAGAUAAAGAAUGAGCUAUUAUGUGAUAAUGUCUCACAAGAUCAAUAAAUAUAUCAAAAACAUAAA